GAGCUUUGGGAACUUGAGGGUGAACAGGCAGCAUCCGAGGUACGGAGUUCUAGGCGGCUCGCGCGCCCCGCUGCUCUCCCCAGCCAGCCGCGGGCCGCUCUCCCGGUGCUGUCGGAGUAAGGGGUGAACCUGGAGAACAACCUUGCCCUGGCGCUGCUGCCGGCUCCCGCAGGGCUGGACCCGGGGACUUGUGUUCCGGAGCAAGCUUCCCCCAAGGGGCUGAGCUCGGCAGCCUGGUGCCUGCAGCCGGAGCCGGGCUCUGGCUUGGCAGGCAGGGGGCAGGUCCCCUGGAAUAAGUGCGGCCCGGGGGGGGACUGGCUCUCCGGCAGGAGGAAAGUUUGCGACCAGAUGGGCUCCGACGUGCGAGAUCUCAACGCCCUGCUCCCCUCCGUGUCCUCCCUGCCGGGCAACAGCAACUGCGCCAUGCCGGUGAGCAGCGCCGCGCAGUGGGCGCCGGUCCUGGACUUCCCCCCGGGGGCGUCCUACGGCUCGCUGGCCCCGCACUCCUUCAUCAAGCAGGAACCCAGCUGGAACGCCUCGGACCCCCACGAGGAGCAGUGCCUGAGCGCCUUCACCGUCCACUUCUCCGGCCAAUUCACCGGCACCGCCGGCGCCUGCCGCUACGGCCCCUUCGGAGCCCCUCCGCCCACCCAGGCGCCCUCCAGCCAGGCUCGGAUGUUCCCCAACGGCCCCUAUCUGCCCAACUGCUUGGAGAGCCAGCAAGCCAUCCGCAACCAGGGUUACAGCACAGUGGCGUUUGAUGGGACUCCAAGUUACGGCCACACUCCCUCUCACCACGCAGCGCAGUUUACAAACCAUUCUUUCAAACAUGAGGACCCCAUCAGUCAACAGACCUCGCUAGGAGAUCAACAGUACUCGGUACCUCCACCAGUGUACGGCUGUCACACCCCCACAGACAGCUGCACGGGCAGCCAGGCCCUGCUCCUGAGGACCCCAUAUAACAGUGACAAUUUAUACCAAAUGACCUCACAGAUUGAAUGCAUGACAUGGAAUCAAAUGAACUUGGGAUCUACAUUAAAGGGCCAUGCAACAGGAUAUGAGAGUGACAACCACACUGGUCCUAUGUUAUACAGCUGUGGGGCCCAAUAUAGAAUACACACCCAUGGAGUCUUUAGAGGAAUACAAGAUGUUCGGCGAGUGCCAGGAGUCGCUCCAACUAUUGUCCGAUCAGCUAGCGAGACGAAUGAAAAACGUCCCUUCAUGUGUGCGUACCCUGGCUGUAACAAACGAUACUUUAAGUUGUCCCAUUUGCAGAUGCACAGCAGAAAGCACACCGGUAAGUGCCUGCAUUGUCUAAGCAAGAUGCCAUAUAAAGGGGGUGGUUUUAAAAUCAAGAUCAGGCAGAAGAGGCAACCCAUAGCUCCAUGUACAGAGGAGACCUGUAUGAUGAUGAUGAUUGAUUGUGUGUCUGUGCCCUCUCCUGGACCAUUCAGAAAGAUAUUAAGGUUUGUCUGUUCCUUUAAAGAUACCAUACUCAGUAACUUGCCACAUUAACUCUAAUUAACAUUCACUUUAAAUCCAACACAGCACUGGACUGGUUUAGAUUACAAGUAAAAGAAGUUUAUUCACAAAAGGAGAUAGGAUAUUAAGUGAGUUCCAGUAUAAAGGAUAUAGUUAGAAAUGGCUAAAAGCAAAUAAAAGUGAAAUAUGCUUUCUAGAAGCUAAGACUUAACACAACAAGCUACAGCCCUUGUCCAAGGUAGUUUUCCUUAUCCAUUUACCUUCCAGCAAGAUGGCUGACCACCCAUCUGGUCAGGAUUUCUGAUAGAGUCCAAAGUGCUCAGUUCCUAGGUGAAAGAUAACUUGGGGUUCAUUGCCCCUCUCUUAUAUAGUCCAGUGAACCUUUGAAAUAGAUUCUUCUGAAGGUUUCCCCCCAAAGUGAAGUUCAUUCAAGAUACGAGGAAGGAGAUAUGAAGUCUAGUGGUGAAGGAAAUUCCAUGCUGGUUUCUUUCCUCACUGGUAUUUGCUAAAAUGCAAAUUAAUCUGUUUCCUGAAAUCUCCUCCCCCUGCUGUGAUGUUCAGUAGUUAAUACUUCCCCUUGCUGGCUUGAUGGGUCUGUUUACUUUCUAUCUAGAUUGCAUUCCAAUUGUCUCUUGAUGUACUUUGGAAAUAUCUUCAAGGUGGCAGAAUCACAUUCCUUUGUCUAGGGUAGGGUAACUUCAGCACUGCCUGGAAGACACACUUUGAUAACAUAAUUUCCAAUAAGUUUUUAACUUUGAAUUUGUCCUCUGUACAUACAUUACACAAUCAUAUUAAUGAUCAGUAUGUUAUUAGCUUCCUACUGACACUUUACAUGACACCUUUUAGUUACAGGUUAUGACCUUAGUGCAUUGGGGUACACUGGAAUGGUGAGGUCAUCUGAAACUUAUUAAGAGCUAUCACUGAGCCCCUUGUCCUUCUGCGUUGGGAUGCUCUUAGGAUCACAACUGUGCUAAAGAUACACAUUUUCAUGCUACUGCUCUACCACAUCAGCAAUUGCUGUCAUUAUCAUAGGGAUGAAAUAGACUGUUGAGAGGUGGUCCAUUGUAAAUAGUCACAUGGUCUAUCAUACACUAUCUCUGUUAAAAAGAACAGG